AUGUCUUCUAAAGCCUACAGUACCAGUGUUCUUGAUAUCCCCUUACUGACUGGUGAUAACUUCAAGAAAUGGUUAGAAGAGAUGGAAGUCUAUUUAUGUCUCAAGGACUUAGACCUAUGCCUUAGGGAAAAGAAGCCUGCAGACCUGACUAACUCUAGCACUAUAGCUGAGAAAAAUGAAUAUGCUUCUUGGGAAACUUCUAAUAGGAAGUCUAUUGCAGUAAUCAAGAGUGCAUUGACUGAAACACUCAAGGACAGUGUUAAAAUUCCUGAAACUGCCACGGAGUAUUUACAGGCCAUCAGGGCCAAAUUUAAUUCCUCAAAGAAAGCUCAGGCAGGGGAUUUAAUGAGCAAGCUGACCUCUUCUAAGUUUGAUGGAAAUGGCAGUGCCAGGGAGCACAUUCUUGAAAUGAUCUCUCUGGGCAAUAAGAUCAAGGGACUAGACAUCAACUUUGAUGAUGAUUUCCUAGUGACACUGGCUAUAAACUCACUCCCUGAAGCCUACAAGCCACUCCGCUUCACUUAUAAUGCUUUGCAGAACAAAUGGGAUUUUGAUGAGCUGAUUAAAGUGGUAACUCAGGAGGAAGGGAUGAUUAACAGGAAUAAGGUGGAAAGUGCCUAUUUCACCCAUCAUCAUAAAGGUACAUCAUCAAAGGGGCCUCACAGAAAUGGCAGAAGGUUCUCGAAGAAGAGCAGGUACACUCCUUAUGCUAAGGAGAAGACUCAUCAAGCAGGCAAGGGGAAGACAGAAAAUACAGGGCAGAAGAAUUUCUAG